UGUAAUGAAAUGUCUUUGCAGCUUAGUUUGUAAACUAACGUUUUUGCUACAAGCAAUCGUAAGCAAGGCAAAUACUGUAUGUUCAGUUCACAGUGCAUAGGCUAGAUUUUCGAGCACUUGUUUACAUUCGGACAUUACAAAAUGCUCUUACCCAGAAUGACUUCCGAUUAAGUGCGUAUAACAAGGCUGACAGUCCAGUGCUGGACGUAGAAAAUUGAUUUGAGUCAGAUUUGAGUUGGACACGAUGCCCAAGGAUGUGCAAAAGUGUUGCCACUUUCUUGAUGCAGUUCAUGCUUUUGAAACUUAGCUUUGCAACUCAAAAAUUAAAUGGCAUAUGUGCAAAGUAUUGAUUCAUGGAAAGGAAAGCUCCAGGUAAAGGUGAAAGUGUUACGUUCAUUGCUUUUAAAACUGGGAGCCAAAUUGUGGUAGGUAGUCUAUAGGUUGUCCCUCCGGUAAAUCUUAGAUUUAUUACUGAUCAAUGCGUUGAACAUGAGUUAAUUUGUUUCCUAAACUGAAAGGUUGUUUUAAAGGUCAGAUUGUUUUACAGCGAGUAACCAGUUCAUAUCUAUUGACUCGAACAACCUUAAGGACUGUGCGCUAAUUUCGGUAAGUAGGUGGGUGUGUGCGCAAAGGCGGGCGCUCAUUUUGCAGAUUCGCUGCACGUAGCCAUCGGUAGGCGGACGAAAUGCCGUCGGCGGAGCGUGUGUCGCGGUGCAACAUUUCAGUCCAGGAGGAUCGCAAAGCCAGUUAGUCGCGCUGCACGCUUUGCGUCCGCUGUGCAGCGAAGACCGCGGGAGGUCGACACGGCGAUAAUGGCUUUACACCAGCAUUUGCAGCAAGGAGGCUUUGACAGCGAAUCUGAGUUUUCUGGACAUAUGCUGAGUUGCUAACGUUAUAUUUUGUGAAAGGAAUUGAAUCAAGACCAGCUCCAUGGACUGAGACGUAUAGCAGACUGUAGAAACUCGCUGCAGGAGCAAACGGGAAGAUAUUUGACUUCAGCCGUGUUGUAUGGAAGAGCUAUUUGGCUUUUUAGCUGUGAGUGAAUGUCGGCAAGCGCACUACUCAGGGCAACGAAAGGAGCAGGAGCCGUUAGCUAGCAUACCGACUUUCAACGCAGAUUUGUCACUGAGCUUGUACAUGCUAAGGCGAGAUCUAUAUAGUGCGCCGUCUUUUAUUUGUUUUGUUAGUUGUCUAAACUGGAAAAUAUCUAUAGCAAGCUAACCGUUCAUAUUCCCAUCAGUACAUAAUUCGAAAUAAAAUAUUAGCUUCGGGUUGCACGGUUAAUUUAAACUUAGCUAGAAUGUCCUUGUUUCUGUCUAGGAAGGUAACUAGUGAUUUAGACUAUUGAUGGCUGACAGUUUAGCAAACGACCUGACUUCGUAAACAAAGGAAUUAGUGCUGCGAGCAGGACUGCACGCUAAUGCUACCCCUGCUAUUUAACCAGUUUUAGAUUCUGUCGUUUUGCUAGCAGUUUUAACUAACUGGCUAAGUGAUGUACCGAGUGCAAACAGAAACGGACUGAACGUUGGAUGAUUAACGGUUUGGCUAUCUGGAGGGAAUUUAGCAUACAGUUAAAAGAUUUCAGUUUGUAACGUUUUCCUUAAGGACGAUGUCUAGCUGUAACGGUAGCUAUAUUAACUCGCACAGAGUCGUUGUGUUUUCGAACGCAUUUGGUUAAUUAUGACAUUAACCUCAAUAGUCUACAGCUACAACCACAGAAACACCAACUACUCUGAGCCAAACAAGUAGCUAAUGUUAAUCUAGCCAAAAUACGUAAAUCUAGCUAUAAUUACAUGUCUAACGGUAGGUAGUCUAAUCUCGUCGAUCUGAAGUGCCACGACAAACCGUAGCUGAAGUUACAUAGAGUCGAGUUAGAGUAGUUAGUCGCAACCUCUCUGGCUGUUUUAUCUAUUCAAUAAUUUCUGAACAAUGACAUUCAUCACUAUACUGCCUGUACCUUACACACCUUCCAGUGCUCUUAUUCCCAGAACACCGCCCGCAUGCACGGCUGAUUUUAGCUCUCUUUAGCUGGUUUAAGCCACAGUGUCACUUUUACAGUCAUCGCUUUAGCACGUUUAACCGUUUAAAACUGUAACGCCAUGAAAAACUGCGAGUAUCAACAAAUCGACCCGCGGGCACUUUCAACACCUACACCGACUACUACACCUCUGCCUCCCCCGUGUGCGAAGAAGACUGGGAGACCUCGGAGAAAAUGGGAAGUUUUUCCGGGCCGAAAUCGCUUUUACUGCGACGGACGGAUCAUCGUCGCUCGGCAAAUGGGGGUUCUCCCUUUGACGCUCGGCCUCAUACUCGUCACCAGCAGCCUGUUCUUUAUAUUUGACUGCCCGUUCCUGGUGGCGCAUCUGACCGGCUGCAUCCCCGCGAUCGGAGGGCUGCUGUGCGUGUUUGUGGUCGUUUCCCUCCUGCAGACCAGCUUCUCCGACCCGGGCAUCCUGCCGAGAGCCACGCCGGAAGAAGCUGCCGACAUCGAGAAGCAGAUCGAUAACUCGGGCUCGUCCUCCUACCGGCCGCCGCCCCGCACCAGGGAGGUGCUGAUCCGGCAGCAGGUGGUGAAGCUCAAGUACUGCUUCACCUGCAAGAUGUUCCGCCCGCCCCGCACCUCCCACUGCAGCCUGUGUGACAACUGCGUGGAGCGCUUUGAUCACCACUGCCCCUGGGUUGGAAACUGUGUGGGGAAACGGAAUUACCGCUUUUUCUACACCUUCAUCGUCUCGCUGUCCUUCCUCACCACCUUCAUCUUCGGCUGCGUGAUCACUCACCUCACACUGCGCUCUCAGAGUGGGAAGGGCCUUGUCUUAGCCCUGCAGGAGAGUCCCGCCAGUGUGCUGGAGUUGGUGGUCUGUUUUUUCUCCAUCUGGUCCAUACUGGGCCUCUCAGGCUUCCAUACGUAUCUCGUGGCCUCCAACCUCACCACCAAUGAGGACAUUAAAGGUUCCUGGUCGGGGAAGAGGGGUGCAGUGGAUUCUGGGAACCCGUACAGCUACAACAACAUCUUCACCAACUGCUGCAUGGUGCUGUGUGGGCCCAUGCCCCCCAGUUUGAUUGACAGACGGGGUUUUGUGCUGACAGACACCCCCCCUGCUGCCCCCCAGGAGGCGGAGCUCCCCCACUUUGUGGCCAAAAAUGAUGCUAACAUGUGUGCGCGCGGGGCGAAGGACCUGCUGGAGACGGCCACCCACGCUCCGCUCCUCUCGGGUCCGUGUUCCCGAGCCACGCCCAAGACCGCCCCCGCCGGGCCGGACCUCCUCAGCCCCGCCCCUCGCCCCACGCCAGCCAAUCGGCCGCCUUCUCCUGGGUGCGCCGGCCGCCACGCUCGCCGGUCUGCAGACAAGCCCCGCCCCCAGCGAGGCAGCAAGCGCGCGGCUCUGCACGCCCCAAACCCCGUCUACGACUUGGCGGCCCCGCCCACCUCCCCCACCCAUGGCCCCGCCCCCAGCCUGGCUUUCAGUACACUGCACUGAGCGCGCUCCAGAACAGUGGCGGUUUCCAGGGAGGGGCAACUCCCCGUGGAUCAUUGCAGUGCAUUGUGGGAAACUCAGCUGUCGGAGUAGAGGGGGGAGGGGCUUAGGAAAGGGGAGAAGCCUCCGAGCAAACUCUAUAGCUGGGGGCGGGGUCAGCUGCCUGAAAGUUUGGAAAAAGCACAAAAGACUAGAGGGGUUGUUUUUGCAAGAUUCCCCCCUUUUUUAGGCUGUGUACCGCCCGCGUGCGUCAUGCAAAGUAUUGAGCCAUAUUUUAUAGCGCCGUCAGGAGGCGCUAACUCACAGCAAUAACUGGGCUCACUGCUACACACCUGGGUGUGUGUGACCAUGGCAAUGUCACACCUGUUCGCCCUACUCAUGCAAAACUCCAGAGUAGUACUCCUGAGAGAGGAGCAGAGGGAGGUUUAAUUGGGGGAGGUGGGGGGGGGGAUGGCAGGACGUGUCUGUGUGACAUCCCAGUGCAUGUGUGACAUCAUAAGGGAGUGGCUCCUCAGCUGGGUCUCCUUUAAGCGGCCCAGGUUCAUACGCCCUCCCCCCCCCCCCCAGGAUCAUCUGGCCUGGUGAGCUGUGCUGGAGAGCCGUGGUACACUGCAGAACUGCAGAACCCAGGCUCAAGAUGCUGCUCUCUCCGGGUUCUGUAUGGUUCUUCCUGGAUCUGCUUGGUUCCACACGGUUCUGCGUGUCUCUGCACCCCCCUUGCUUAGUUUAGCCUUUUUAAGUGAAAAUAUUUCUAAUUUUUCUGUUUGCUUUGUACAUGUUUUGGCCUCACGGGUUUUAAAAACAUGCAUUUUUUAAAGGUCAGUGAAGAUGAUUCUUGAGGAAGACAGGCAGAGAAUAGAGAUGUGUACAAUUAUUUGUUUACAAUACAAACUUACAUUGCACACUCAGACCUGCUUUAGACCACGGUGUGAUUUAGACACGCCCACUGCACACUUUAGACACUCCCACUGCUCACUUUAGACACGCCCACUGCUCACUUUAGGCACGCCCAUUGUAUGCUUUAGACAUGCCCACUGUAUGCUUUAGACAUGCCCAUUGUAUGCUUUAGACACGCUCACUGCACACUUUAGACACGCCCACUGCACACUGUAGGCACGCCCACUGCACACACAAGACACGCCCACUGCACACAAGACACGCCCACAGCUCACUUUCGAUGCUGCUUGCAACAUAAUGGCAGGGUGCCAGUUACACAACACCAACCUCAUCGCUGCGUGUUCAGCUGGUCCUGCGUGUUCAGCUCAUUCAGCGUGUUCCGCUCGUUCUGUGUGUUCAGCUGGUCCAGUGUGUUCAGCUCAUCUGGUGUUCAGCUCAUCCUGUGCGUUCAGCUCAUUCAGCGUGUUCAGCUGGUCCUGCGUGUUCAGCUCAUCCGAUGUUCAGCUGGUGUGACGAGCUGAGAAGCCACUGAACCGCUCUCCUCUCCUGCGGGUUUCUCCUGUCUGAGUGAGACGGAUUCUCCUCUGUAGUUUGCCUCUGAACUUUGGGAAGACAGGAAGGGGAUUAAAAUACCUGGGUCAUCCCGUUUUAUCUUUUUAUACCUCUCAAGGGCUGAUAAUGUAAUCUCCAUGUAUAUGAUCCACACAAAGUACCUUCAAUAAAAAGAGCUUGAAGAGGAAA